AAAUUAGGAAAUAUGUCCAAUAUUUUGACGAUGACCCAGUUUAACUGCAGGGUCAGUUCCACUCUGAACAGAAAUGUAAAGGAAUACGGGAAAAAAUUUAUGUUUGAUGGACAAGAAGACACCUGUUGGAAUUCAGAUCAGUAACCAAAAUGGAUGAAGAAAGGUGUGUGCAAGUUGUUCAACUGCGCCAUUUGCCUGAAGAGUUCGACCUUCUGACAGGCGUGCAUAUUCUGCCUCAUGGGGACGGCAUUCACCUGCUAAUUUGGAACAGCAGCCACGUUUUCGUCUUCACCGGAGCUGACCUCGAAGAACUCGAACACAGACAGCCUGCUGUGCUAAAUGUGUCACAUAUCUGUCAAGUAGUCGGCAAUGACGACUCAGACAUUGUGUUGCUGCUGGACAGCAAAGGCUCCCUCUACGAAUGGAGAGAAGUGGUGGUGGAAGACCUUUUUCAAGACGACGAGCCCAAUCAGUCCCAACCGACCCUACUGGCCUCUGGCUUUCUGGCCGUCUGUAGCAGCAGCAUAUCCAAUGUCUUUUACGGUUUAACCUCGACCGAAGAGAAAGUAAAACUCGUUACAUUCACAGUGACCAUGGAUGCUUUGCAGGAGCACUCGAGUCUCGUCAUUAGCCGAACUGUGCCAGGAAAAUGUCUCCUCAACGUGUUCCAGAGCGAGGUUUGUCCUUCGGAGCUGCUGUCCCUGCUGUGUCCCGACUUUGACUUGAGUGACACUGCCUGUGACGUGGCAUUUGCUAAGCUCGGCGGCAACGUUGUUUAUUUUUGCCCCCUCGUCCCGGACGAAAGCGAGAGGCGAGUGUCUGAGGUGUCUACUUUACACGAAAUUGAGCACAUAGCUCUUGCGAGAGAGGACGGAAGUGCCAUCUUGGCUUUUACGGACGCUGCAGUUCUCACGGUGAUGGAGGCCGAGGGCGGACUGAUUAAGCGGACGGAUGUGCCUUGCGUGCAGAGCCAGGUGGUGUGCCAGGUGUCCAUGGACUCGUUCUUCGUGGCAGACUUGCUCUCCUCAUCCAAAAUCACUGUGGGGCAGCAGUCCAAGCCUCUGGACCUCCGGGGAUGCGUGGCCGCCGCUUGCCUUGAGGAAAAUGUUGCCUUGGCGCUGACGCUGCACGGUGUGUUGUACAAAGUGGACCUCGCUGCUGAUCGGGGGAGCAUCACGAAUGCGCAACGGGAUAAACCAGAUGGACUGUUGGAUAAGAUUGGCAAAACGAAUGAGCUGAUCCGACAGACUGAGCGUGCCAUCAAAGAGGAAAACGCCAAACUUAAAGAACUUGCUGUGAUCGGCUCGGCUGAAAUGCUGAAAGACACCUUUCGGCUGCAGGUCAAAGUGCAUGACCUUCUCGAACCUGAGUUUUGCGCCUUUGACGUGCUGGUGCUCAACAAUUCCAAAUACGUUUUCCUCGAGCAAAACUGGAAUCUUGUAUUGUGUCUAACGUGCAAGGACUCUAUCCAAACCUAUAACCAGAAGCUGACCAACACGCUCAAGGUCGGCGAAGUUGUCAAGGUUGUGGCCAAAUUCAAGGUCAGUGAGCUGAGCCUCCCAACGACCCUACAGUGCCAGAUGCUGAAGCUGAGUACCGUUCCAAGCAGUAGCAGCGUCUUCUCUAUGGAAUUGCCACUGGGGCUGUUCCCCUUUGACGUUGCCAGUGUCGAUCUGGACAUCACGUAUUUUUUGACUCCCACCUCUGUCGACCCAGUCACUGAAUACAGACAAGGCCACCCUCUUAUACAAAGUUGUGAAGACAGGCCGCUUGGUAGAAAACUGCAUUCCCGGCAGUGGGAAACAAACAUGGAUCUGGAUCAAGUGUGUAGGUUGCUUUCGCAGAAGUGUGCUCACCGCGCAUUUGGCGCUGUACGUGCUGGCGUCAGGGCCGCCUUUGCGGUGGCAGGCAACAGGGUGGACUUAAACUGGGCUGACGGCACCCUGACUGUCUCCAGCGCUGACCUGCCGCUCAUCCUAGACGUCCUUUCGCACCUACAGAAUUGCAAAGAUGGUGCUGACACCAAGAGUGGAAUGCAGCUAAUGGCUUCAUUCUCUUCAGACUUUUUUGCUCAGGCUGAAAACGUUGGACUGGCCCAUGAAUACGCUCUGCUAACCAACACCUGUAAUGAAGAACUCGAACUCGAGUUGCAAGAGCAGCUAAGGAAACUGGUCGUUGCUCAAUUUGAGCUGUCAGACUAAUGAUCCUCGUGCCAAUUUUGGUCUUCCCCAAUGGGUUGAUAUUGAAUUCAGCACUGAUGUGCCUCCAGUCACCGCAGUGAAGAUUCAGUUCCAAGGAGGCUUUGUUGGUGAGGAGUGCAGGCUAGAGGCAGGAGAGCCUUUGGAAUUGGUGCAGAACGUC